AUGUCUGCCAAACCAGGCAGAGGCAUGUUCGAGGAGCACGAGAACGUCCCCCGAACCCAAUUUCGUGCCUCGGCGCACCUUUGCCAUGACGAGCUGCGCAAACAGGGUCACAGAUUUGCGGUCGAUCAUGAGAUUGGCGAUGAGACUGAUAUCCGCGCUUUCGAGCUGGGCGCCGUGCUUGCUCAAAGUCCCGAACAGUAUGACCGCGUACCAGGACUGACGAGCCAGGAAAAGGAGAUUCUGCAUCAUGAGUUUGCGCAUCGUUGGUCGCAGCCAUGGAAAAUGUAUGUGGUCAUUGCGCUGUGCUCACUAUCUGCGGCCGUUCAGGGAAUGGAUGAAACUGUAGUGAACGGUGCCCAGAUCUGGUACAAACACCAAUUCGGUAUCGCUGGCGAAGACUCGAGAAGCGCCUGGCUGGUGGGUCUAGUCAACGCAGCGCCAUAUCUCUGCUGCGCCCUCGUGGGGUGCUGGCUCACAGUGCCAUUCAAUCACUGGUUCGGACGUCGAGGGACAAUCUUCAUAACAUGCUGCUUCUCCGCCAUUGCUUGUCUCUGGCAGGGCUUUGUCUCGACAUGGUGGGGAAUGUUCAUCGCGCGCUUCGCGUUGGGGUUUGGCAUCGGUCCGAAAUCAGCGACUGUCCCCGUGUACGCUGCUGAAACAGCCCCACCAGCUAUUCGAGGUGCUCUGGUUAUGCAGUGGCAGAUGUGGACGGCCUUCGGAAUCAUGCUAGGGUAUGCCGCGGACCUGAUCUUCUACAAGGUCUCCGAUACCCCGAGCAUCGUUGGCCUCAAUUGGCGUCUCAUGAUGGCUUCAGCCAUGUUCCCGGCUCUGGUGGUCUGCUGCUUCGUCUUUACCUGUCCGGAGUCGCCCCGUUGGUAUAUGAGUAAGAAGCAAUAUUUUCGCGCUUAUCAGUCCAUUUGUACCUUGCGUCACCAUAAGAUCCAAGCGGCGCGUGACUUGUACUACAUGCAUGUUCUUCUCGAAGCCGAAUCGGGCAUGGUCCUCGGUCAAAAUAAGUUACUGGAGCUCAUCACUGUUCCGCGCAACCGUCGUGCGAUGAUCGCCUCGGAAUUGGUGAUGUUCAUGCAGCAAUUCUGCGGUGUCAACGUGAUCGCGUACUACUCGAGCGAAAUAUUCCUGGAAGCAAACUUCUCACCAGCCUCAGCCCUUGCCGCAUCCCUCGGCUGGGGCGUAAUAAAUUGGCUCUUCGCGAUGCCCGCAAUCUACACAAUCGACACCUUCGGCCGCCGCAACCUCCUCCUAUCCACGUUCCCUUUAAUGUCCAUAGCAAUGUUUUUUACCGGCUUCUCCUUUUGGAUCCCAGAAACUCGCCACGCCGCCCGAACAGGCUGCAUAGCCCUAGGAACCUAUCUCUUUGGCAUAGUCUAUUCUCCAGGCGGAGGCCCGGUCCCUUUUACCUACUCCGCAGAGGCUUACCCUCUCUAUGUCCGCUCCUACGGAAUGGCACUCGCGACGGCGACAACCUGGUUCUUCAAUUUCGUUCUCGGCGUGACUUGGCCAUCUCUGCGUAAUGCGUUUACUGCGCAGGGUGGAUUUGCGUGGUACGCCGGCUGGAAUAUCAUUGGAUGGUGGCUUGUUUUGUUCUUUAUGCCUGAGACUAAGAAUAAGACUCUUGAGGAGUUGGAUCAAGUUUUCUCUGUGCCGACUCGUUUUCAUGCGAGAUACGGGUUGAGACAGAUCCCUUAUUUUUUGAAGAGAUAUAUUCUGCGGAGAAAUGUGAGUCCGGAGAUCUUGUACGAGAAGGAAGACAUGGGGACGAGCCCGGAGUUUCCCAAUGCGUGA